CCUUGACGCUCAGGUACACGGAUUCGUUGGGAAACUUUGAGGAAGCUGCAGGUUUCGUGGCGCGGAGUCGCUGUAAGGGACGUGGAGGAUGGUUUAAAAUCCAGACGUCUUUUAAUGUAGAGGUCGGAGAGGACGACAUUGACCAGGGAGCGAGUCCGGGGACGAGUCGGCUACCUCGGAGCCAGUAAGUCAUGUCUGCUGACGUGAGCACUGGCAGUCUGAGGCACAGCUCAGGGCGUGGUGGCUACAGGCACAGAGCGAGCCAGAGCAGCAGCCAGAGGUCGUCAUACGAGGAGCGCUGUGUGGACCCGGUGGAAGAGAGGCCGCCGAGCCCAGAGCCCAAGACCAUCCACAAAGCUCACCUGAAGGAUGCAAAUGGGAAGGAGUCCGAGACCAUUGGCUUCAUUCCUGGCUCCGCCGACCAUUCCUCUGGGGCACAAACCUGCAACCCCUGCACCUCUCCAGGCAGCUGCAGGACCUUUCUAUGCAGCGUGCUGACCUGCGGCCUGUACAGGGUCUGCCAGGGUUCCCCUCUUGCUCUGUGCCUUGCGCCAAACGACAGCUCUCCAGAUGAGCCAGAGAAGGUGAGCCUCCAAAGUGUGAGCCCAGGAGACAACAAAGAGGAGGAUCACACAGAUUGGCUUGGGGAUCUCCACAUCGCUGGAGUCAAAGUGGACAGUCCAAGGGAGUUUUUAGAGGUCGAACCCAAAUUAUCAUAUGUGGUUCCGGCCGGUGUUCAAACACAGCCCGGCAAUCCGUCCCUGCAUGAGUCCAUGAGGUUCGACGACUGGGAGGAGGGCACAGAGGACCUGGACUCUCUUAUUACCAAGAAGUUGCUGGAACUCUACUCUGAGUAUCAAAUCGACGAGCUGGCGAGGUGCACCUCAGACUCUUUGUUUCUGAGGAAGAGCAAGGACAUCGAUCAGCUCAUCAAUUCGCUGGCAGAGGAGCACAAAAUGGACGAGCAGGAAGCGGAGUGUCGGCUGGUGCGUGGCAUCAUCCGCAUCAGCACCCGGAAGAGUGCGAGGAAGAGGCCGACCCCGUCCAGGAUGGAGAGGACGCUGUCCGACAGCGGGAAUGAGACAAUGAGGGAGAGCGAUUCCUUGAGAUUCAGCAACAACAAUGACUACAAAUCAAAUCCAAACAUCCAAAUAUCCGAACUGACCUCCUCUGACAAGUGUGCCAGGGAGAUGUGGAGACACAAUGGAGGUCAUACAUCUAGCUCAGCCUACUCGCCCUCUCGCACUGAGACUAGCUCCUCCGGUGUCUCAAUGAUUGGCUCCUCUGUGAGAACAUGAUUCCUGCUCCAUGCUGCUGGUCUAUGCUUGAAUAAUUAGUCCUGCUGUGUCCACAAGGUCAGUUAUUAGACAUUGAAAGGAGACACUACUUGCACAGGAGUCACUGGCUGAGCCAAGCUCUUUGAAGAGACCAUUGUUUUUCAGUGGAAAAAGAAAAUGUGAAAACUCACAUUGUCUUGAAGGACUUCAGUGAACUCAGGGCUCUGUGUGUCGUUAUUUAUGGUUGAUGAAUGUCAUGUGUAUAUUUGAAGGAUUGCUUGAUGGAAAUCACCAGCAGCUUUUGAAGGAGUUGUGCUCCUGACUCUUAUCUGCUGGUUAGAUUAUUGUGCUGUUAUGCAAAGAACAUUUAAAUUUAGUUCUAUAAAAAUGAAUUGAAGAGUUGUGUUUUUCACAUCAUCAUUGUAGAUUUGAUUGUGCACAGUUGUGUGUUAGAUUUUAAGCUGUCCUCUUGAGUAGUUUUAUAUAACCUAUUUACAGCCAGUAAUUCUACAUUAUGAUCAGAAAUUAUGCUUGUCAUAAUUUGACAAAUCUCUAUAUUUAACUUGACCAGUAAAGGUCUCAAGAAGUAAAAUCGAAAUAAUGAAGUGGUUGUAUUUGGCCUGAAGAAAAAGACAGUUUUAUAUCACCGGCCAUAAAUGAUUUGCUUGCUUGCUAGUACACUAGAAAUCAGAAUGUGCUUUUAUUGAAAAUUGUGAUCAAAAACAAACAGGGGGGUAAAACAUGUCAAAAGAAUGGUUCAACAUUUAGAAAAAAUACACUUAUUUGCUUUUUUGCAGAGAUUUAAUUGAGAAGAUUAAUACUGCUCUGAUGUCUGUACGCUAAAAGGAAUCGGAAAUGACAGCCAAUUAGCUUAGCUUAUAAUUUAGACUGAAAAUAGAUAGGAAUACUAGCUUGAAUCUGUCCAAAGGUAACAACAUUGGCCGAGCUAAACCUCUUUACAUGCAAUAUUUUGUUUAUUCAUUAACUCGAAAAAAUGUAAAAAACAAAAAGUUGUUUAACUGCAGGUUUUUUUAUUGGAUCAUUUCUUUACCACGACCGUUUGCAGCUUGUUUUUUGAAAACAAUGUUAUGAAAUGUUUUUUGAAAACAAUGUUAUGAAAUGUUUUGGGUGAGCUUAAAGCUGCUUGGGAAGGUUUCAAAAAGCGGCGUCACCCAUGUAGAAGACGCAGAGAAGGUGUCAAGAGAGUUUGCGGUGAUAAGAGUGGUGUCCGGGUGCUGUACAGAAACAGCAGUGGGAUUAAUAUUUUACUUCCUGCUUCAGCCUGCUGUACUCGGCUGCUCCACCUCUCACCUGAAUAAUGUGGAGGUUUUGAUGCUGUUGUGAACGUGCCUGUGCAGAGAACCUCCUGCUGUGUUGUGCACGUGUGAAAGGCAUAGUACGGGUAAAACCCCGACCAAAUUCUCUGGACUUUACCCACAGGUCAUGUCUGAAAACAGGUUGACAUGACAUCUGCCGCUAGCUGGGCUAACUGAAUGUAAAACGGACAUGUAGCUAGCUCAUGCUACACAAUGAACCAAUUCUGCAAGCAGUUACAUGAUGGCCAAACCGCUGACUGCCUAGGCACUUCACAACUUUAAAGUAGAACCAUGCUCACCAGUCGUAUUGUGAUGGAAACUCAGUCAGACACUCCUCCUCGCUCUUGUUGCUGAUUUGGUUACAUUCUACCAAAUUGUAGUACAAGCUCUAGGUUGAGCCAGAGGAGACAGAUUUUGUUUUGAUAUUACCUGCCUCAUGUUUUAGAUAUGAUACCAACAGUUUAAGCACAUAUGACAAAAAGUUUAUGUUUGUAAAUGUUCCCUACUGCACCUUUUAAAAAGUGCUGGUGGGCAUUUUACCUUUGGACAUAUCUUGCUCUACCCUGUGGUUUUUUGCCUUUAUGCCCAUUAACAAUAUAUUUCCUAAAAUUCAUUAUUUUUUUGGUUAUUAUUUGCUUAUGUCUAAGAGAACCAAAAAAGGAUGCUAGCUUUCUUUGUUUUGUCAAAAUAAAUCUUUUUUAUCUCCAUUGUGCUUUUUAAGUUGUGUGUUUAGUGUAGUGCAUAGUGUCAUAAUAUUGUAACAUGAAGUUCAUAUGAAGUAGAUAGCUGUUAAUGUAGGACACUGUUUUUGACUGUGUGAGCUGCAGCUGUACUUCAGGUUGUGUCAAUGACUAUAGCCUGCUGUACCAGGCUGUCUCACGAGGUGAAAGCCUGUUUUUCAUACCAAUACGCUUUGCUGUGUUUGCUCUUGGAUCCUGGUGGGAAUUUGUUCAGGUGACUCAAGGGGAUUUUUCUUCAGCACUGUGGCCGUCUUAUCAGCAUUAGUUUAUGGUUGGUGUUGGGCAUGGACCUUACAGUAACGGCUUCAUUUAAUACUCAUGGGUAGCUUGUACACUUAUUCUAAACAUAACUUGGCAGAUCACUAGCAUUUUUAAAUGUCAAUGUAAGGAAUCUUUAACUAUUUUUGUCUUGAGGUAACAUGGUCCAAGAUGCUUGAAAUAAGUCAAUGUCAUGAUUUGGCUGCAACAUCAGCCUUGUUAUAAUUGAAUGUGUAAAACAGGUUGUUCUAGUUUGUGUCAUGAUGCAAAAAAGAGCAAAUUGACUAAUGAGGCUUGAAAAACGUACAAACUGUAACAUCCUUUUUUAUUCCACGGGAAAUUUCUGUAUCUUCAGUUCAUUCGUACAUUCUACCAGAGUUUGUCCUGUAAACACUUGGGUCUCCACCAAAAGGAAAUGUACAUUUUCAGCAAAGAUGUGUUGGCAUUCACAAUAAACCAUCUUUUAACUGAUGUCUCGUUGGAAACCAAUAAAAUGAAUUAAGUGAAACUA